UUUGUUAAACUAAUCAGCUGAAUAAUCGGUUAUCGGAAAUGUAUUCCGCCAAAUAUUGGAAUCAGGUCUGAGUUAUCCAUCCACUUUCACCAACACUGAGUUGUCACUUCACUCACGCACGGCGCAACAACCCUCGGCUAGCGUCAGCCGUCCGUAACCCGGUCAGUGUUCUCGCUGCGGCUCAGGCAAAGCAUGCUGGGAGAAGCGGCAAUGGGGGGGGAGUAGCCCCUCCCUCCCUCCUCCCGGGGAGUGAGGCUGCCGAUUGGUCGGCGCUGCGCCCAGCUGCCGCUUGUGUCGGACACGGCGGAGGAGCUGAUGGAGGCGACAGCGAUGGGGUCAGAGGCCAGCGGUACAAGAUGGCGGCGGGUGCAUCGUACGACCAGCUGCUAAGGCAGGUGGAGGUUCUGAAGAUGGAGAACUCCAACCUGCGACAGGAGCUGCAGGACAACUCCAAUCACCUCACCAAACUCGAGACUGAGGCUUCCAACAUGAAGGAAGUGCUGAAGCAGCUUCAGGGCACCAUAGAAGAAGACUCUGAGGAGGCGUCUGGAUCUCAGCUGGAACUCAUCGUGAGACUCAAGGAGAUGAGCCUGGACCCUGCCGGAUUUAAGGCCAGGCAGCGGGCUCCGGCGGCGCCCUCCUCCUCAUCCAGCUCCUCCUCGUCCGGCGGAGCGGCCGGAGGUUCCGCCGGUUCCGCCGCGUCGGCGACCCGGAGAGGUCUGCCGCCUGUGUCCAGAGAUGGCCACGAGCGCUGUCUGGAGGAGCUGGAGAAGGAGAGAGCUCUCCUAUUGGCUGAGCUGGAGAAGGAGGAAAAGGAGAAAGGCUGGUACUACGCGCAACUUCUCAAUCUGACCAAGAGGAUUGACAGUCUUCCUCUCAGCGAAAAUUUCACGCUCCAGACGGACAUGAGUCGUCGUCAGCUUGAGUUUGAGGCUCGUCAGAUCCACGCCGCAAUGGAGCAGCAGCUGGGUUCCCGUCAGGAAAUGGAGAAGCGAGCCGAGGCUCGCACGUCUCGUAUUCACCAGAUCGAGAAGGAAAUCGUGAAGCUGGGAGCGCGACUGCAGGUGGAAGCGUCUCAUGGUUCCAAUGAGAGCAGCGGUGGUGGUCUCGCGGCAUCCCAGAAUCCCGCCCCUCGAUUGGACCAGGAGCCGGCCAAUGAGACGGCCUACUCUGUGCCUCGACGAAUCACCAGCCACCUGGGAACAAAGGUAGAGAUGGUGUACAGCCUUCUGUCCAUGCUGGGCACGCACGACAAGGACGACAUGUCACGCACGCUGCUCGCCAUGUCCAGCUCGCAGGACUCGUGCAUUGCCAUGCGCCAGUCGGGCUGCCUGCCGCUGCUCAUCCAGCUGCUGCACGGCAACGACAAGGAUUCGCUGUUGCUAGGUAACUCCCGCGGCAGCAAGGAGGCUCGCGCCCGCGCGUCGGCCGCGCUGCACAACAUCGUGCACAGUCAGCCGGAUGACAAACGGGGCCGGCGGGAGAUCCGGGUGCUGCACCUGCUGGAGCAGGUGCGGCAUUACUGCGAGGACUGCUGGAGCUGGCAGGAGAACCAUGAGCGGGGCGUUGACCAGGAGGACAACCCCAUGCCCUCGCCUGUCGAUCAUCAGAUCUGUCCCGCCGUCUGCGUGCUCAUGAAACUUUCCUUCGACGAGGAACAUCGGCACGCCAUGAACGAGCUGGGUGGUCUGCAGGCAGUGGCGGAGCUGCUGCAAGUGGACUGCGAGAUGUUGGGACUGAGCGGCGACCACUACAGCGUCACGCUGCGCCGAUACGCCGGCAUGGCGCUCACCAACCUGACAUUUGGAGACGUGGCCAACAAGGCCACACUGUGCUCCAUGAAGGGCUGCAUGCGCGCCAUGGUCACCCAACUCAAGUCUGAAAGCGAAGACCUGCAACAGGUGAUCGCGAGCGUAUUGAGGAACUUGUCGUGGCGAGCGGACGUCAACAGCAAGAAGACGCUGCGGGAGGUGGGCAGCGUGCGGGCACUCAUGGGAUGCGCCCUGGACGUCCAGAAGGAGUCCACGCUCAAGUCUGUACUAAGCGCACUCUGGAACCUGUCGGCGCACUGCACGGAGAACAAGGCCGACAUCUGCUCGGUGGACGGCGCGCUGGCCUUCCUGGUCGGAACACUGACGCACCGCAGCCACACCAACACGUUGGCCAUCAUCGAAAGCGGCGGAGGCAUCCUGAGGAACGUCUCCAGCCUCAUCGCCACCAACGAGGCGUACAGACACGUCCUGCGGGAGCACGGCUGCUUGCCCACGCUGCUGCAGCACCUCAAGUCUCACAGCCUGACCAUCGUGUCUAACGCCUGCGGAACCCUCUGGAACCUGUCGGCACGCGACGCCAAGGAUCAGGAGGCCUUGUGGGAACUGGGCGCCGUGGGAACGCUGCGGAACCUCAUUCAUUCCCGUCACAAGAUGAUCGCCAUGGGCAGCGCUGCCGCCCUGCGUAACCUGAUGGCCAACCGGCCGGCUCGCUACAAGGAUGCCAGUGUGGUUUCGCCGGGGGCGGGGGCGCCCUCGCUGCACGCCCGCAAACAGAAAGCGCUAUUCAAGGAGUUAGAUGCUCAACAGUUGUCGGAGACCUUCGACAACAUCGACAAUCUGAGCCCCAAGGUGGCGCACAGGAAGGGGAGGAGCUGCAAUGGCGGCGGCGGAGCGGGUAACGCCACACGCUCCUACACUAACACGCCGGUGCUGUCCAGUCCCAAAAAUGCAGACGGGUCAAAGCGAAGCGCGGACGAUACGGCGUAUACGCGUCCCGUCUUCGGUGCCAGUGUGCGAGCUUCCAGCGACAGUCUCAACAGCGUCACCAGCGUCGACGGCUACGGUAACCGUGGAAAAACUAAACCGUCAUCGGAACCGCUGUACUCCUCGGACGACAGCAGCGCGAACAGAUGCUGCGUCUACAGGAAGUACCCGGCUGACCUGGCGCACAAGAUUCGCAGCGUCAACCACAUGGCAGACGAUGACGGCGCCGAGGUGGACACUCCGAUAAACUACAGCCUCAAGUACUCGGACGAGCAGCUGAAUUCUGGGAGACAGAGUCCGAGCCACCGUGGCAGGACCGAGACCGACAACGAUGACGAGCAGGCCGGCGGUCUGCGGCUGAGGAGCGAUGGCGCCGCCUCCGUUACAGCCAACGGUCGCGUGCCGCCCGCGCCACCCUCCUGCUACGUGGUUGCGGCGCCGUCCGACUACGGCGGCGACACAGCGCCCGAGCAGCCCAUCGACUACAGCCUGAAAUACGGCGAUAUUUCACGCAAGGCUCUCUUCAAGGUGGAAGACUCCACGGAUGCCGCCCUCCCUCCGCCCCCGGCGGGCAAGCCCCGCCAACCUCACCUCCCACCGAAGGGUCACCAGGAGUCGACGCAGACCUACUGCGUGGAGGACACGCCCAUCUGCUUCUCUGGAGGAAGCUCACUGUCCUCGCUGUCACCCGAGGAAGAGGAGGAGGACGCCGACGCGGUGACGAGGAAGAGGCAAGGGGCCGGGGACGAGCGGCGGCAGCGGCGGCAGCACAAAGAAGUGGAAAGCCAGACGGCCGCCGCCACUGCUCCUGCCGUACGAGGACGCCGUGCCCACCACCACGGCCAUGCCCACCACCACCACCAUCAGGCGGCGGCGGGCGCCCGUACCCCGAAGAGCCCGCCGGAGCAGCCGUACGCUCAGGAGACGCCGCUAAUGUUCAGUCGCUGCACGUCGGUCAGCUCCCUGGAUAGCUUCUCCACUUCCUCCAUCGCCAGCUCGGUGCGCUCCAGCGAGCCAUGCAGCGGCAUGCCCAGCGGCGUGAUCAGCCCCAGCGACCUGCCUGACAGCCCCGGCCAGACCAUGCCCCCCAGCCGCGCCAAGACACCCCCGCCGCAGGCGCUGCCGCCACCUCCCGCCAAGGGCGCCGAGGAAGAGAAGGCCACCAAGAAGGAGGUGGAGGAGACCGGCGCCGAUGUCCUGCUGCACUUCGCUACAGAGAGCACACCGCACGGCUUCUCCUACGCCUCGAGUUUGAGCGCGCUCAGUCUGGACGAGCCGUUUAUCGCAGCUGAAAUGAAGCUGGAGGACGGCGGCGAUGAGGUCCGCAAGGAGGAAGGGGCGUCUCAACAGAUGCUGCAAGAGUCGGACGACGACGACGACGACACUCAGAUCUUGGAAGCGUGCAUCAUCAUGGCCAUGCCCAAGUCGUCACGGAAGCCAAAGCAGCAGCAGCAGCAGCAGCAGCAACAAGGCAAAGCCAGCCAGCUUCCUGUAUACAAGCUCCUCCCCCCACAGAGGAAGGAGUCGCUGAUGACGGAGGAGGUUCCACGUGUCUACUGUGUGGAGGGGACUCCCCUCAACUUUUCCACUGCGACGUCCCUCAGUGACCUCACCAUCGACUCUCCGCCCAACGAGGAGGCCGCCGCCGCCACGCCCGCCGCUGCACCCCCCACCGUGCCCGCGUCCUCCCUGGUACGCCGCACUGGACUUCCAGAGGGCGAGAACGGCGACGACAUCCUGGCUGAGUGUAUCAGUGCUGCCAUGCCCAAAGCAAAACCCAGGAAGCCCAUCAGAGCGUCCUCCAAUGGCGAGCUAAUCCAACCCCCUCCUCCGGCCCCGCCCCUUUUCAGCCCCCAGCACCACAAGAAGCCUCCCGGUCCCGCCGGACGUCCCUUGUCCGCCGCGCCGCUGAAGCCCACGUCGCCGGUGAAGCCCACCCAGCGCGCGGCAUCGGUUAAAGUCAAGCCAGGGUUCACCUUCGACACGCCGCAUCACUACACGCCCAUCGAGGGAACGCCGUGUUGCUUUUCCCGCAACGACUCGCUCAGCUCGCUUGACUUCGACGAUGACGACAAGGAUGAAGACAGGAAGCGGCACGAGCGGGAUAAAAAAGCGGCGGCCGUCUUUCCUCAAAGCAAAGCUGGUGCCAACCCGCCCGCCAUGGACGAAAAGCAAAAGUUCGCCAUUGAGGACACGCCCGUCUGCUUCUCCAGGAACUCAUCGCUCAGUUCACUGAGCGACAUCGACCAGGAAAACAACAACAACGAGUUUGCUGCUCCCCGGCGGCGAGACGGACGCGAUGACGGCGACGAGCCCGCGCCACUUCCUCCGUCGCAGGCGGAUGCCAAAGCGCGCCUGUGCAACUACACGCCCAAAGCCUUCCAUGUGGAGGACACGCCCGUCUGCUUCUCCAGGAACUCGUCGCUCAGCUCGCUCAGCAUCGACUCUGAAGACGACCUCCUGCAGGAAUGCAUCAGCUCCGCCAUGCCCAAGAAGAAGAAAAAGAGCGCCGCCGCGCCGCUUCCUGCCGCCACCUCGCCGCUUCCUGCGCCCAAAGAGGAGGACGGCAUUCUAGCUGAAGUGGAGCCGUCGGAUGUACCGCGAAGUCCCGCCUCCCCCGACUCGGAAUCCUUCGAUUGGAAGGCUAUUCAAGAAGGUGCCAAUUCCAUUGUCAGCAGCCUCAACGCCGCCGCCUCGUCACUCUCCCGCCAAGGGUCAUCAGACUCGGACUCUGUGCUGUCCCUCAAAUCCGUGGGUUCACCGUUCCGCCUGCAGCCACCUACCGGCAACCCUCCCGAGGAGGAGGCGCCGUCCAAGCGAGCCGCCAAGGUGGUCAAACCUUCUGCGGACGACAAAAAGAAGAAGGACGAAGAUGAGGAGGAGGAGCUGAAGGUGGUGAAGGGCAGGAAGAAGGUGUACCGGAGUCUGAUCACUGGCAAGCCCAGGGCGGAGCUAGCCGCCAGGGGGCGGAGCAAACCCAGAGCGGCCGCUGUGGCAAAAGCACCGGGAAGUGGCGACUCGUCGCGGGAUUCCACGCCGUCGCGCACCUCUCAUAGAGGAGGAAGACCCUCGCAGCUACCGCGUACGGUGUCACCAGGUAACACGGCGCCGGCCAACCAAAAAACGGCUGCCAAACCUGGCACGGCGGCGAGGGGCGCAGCCAACCUCCCGAAGCAGGAGAAAGCAGAACCCGAGAAGCCCACACUUGUGCGUCAGUCCACUUUUAUCAAGGAGGCACCCAGUCCCACGCUCAAGAGGAAGCUGGAAGAGUCCACGACAGCCUCCUGUCUCCUGGACGUCGGUGGCGCGACGUCCAGGAGACAGGACGCCGUCCGCUCCCAAUCGGAGAGCCCGUCGCGUCCUCAAGACGGCACUGCGGCUUCACGCUUGAGUCGCACGGGAACCUGGAAGCGCGAGAGCAAACAUUCCAGCUCGUUGCCUCGCGUGGGAACCUGGAAGCGAACCGGAAGUUCCUCCUCGGUCCUCUCGGCCUCUUCAGAGUCCAGCGAGAAGGGGCGAAGCGAGGAGGAAGCCAGCGUUCGAUCCAAAGGAACGUGGCGGCGGGCUAAGAGCACCGGCGUUGGGGACGCCUUCGUCGCCAACAACUCUGAGGAAGUGUGGGUGCGUCUGGAGGAUUGUCCUGUCAACAACCCGCGCUCGUCGUCCUCGUGCUCUGCCCGCUCGCCCAACGCACCGCCCGUCAUCCCCAGCCCCGCCCCCUCCAAAAUCCCCUCCUCCUCCUCAUCCUCGUCCUCCAACCUCAACCUACGCCGCAGCUGCGACAGCUUGGACGAGAAACCGCCGCCGCCCCAACGCCUUCAGCAGCGUAGCGGUGCCGUAGCCGCCAGGGUCAGCCCCUUCAACUACACGCCCAGUCCCAGGAAGAGCAACCCCGACUCGACCGCGUCACCUGCCGCCUCCACUGUGUCGCCCGCCACUGCCACCGCCACCACGACAUCCGCCACGCCCACGCGGCCCUCGCUCAUCCCUACCCCCGUCACCAAGAAGCGGGAGCCCAAGGGUGGCGAAGGAGGUGGCAGUGGGGGUGGCGAGCGAGGCUCUUACAUCGUCACGUCUGUAUAAAAGCCACUCUAUUUAAGCCCCGCCCCUGGCUCCCCCACGCUCCCCCUAUUAGCCGGACUCAGCCAACAGUCAGGCUGGAGUCCGUGUUUUUCUACCACUAAUGAUGUGUAGCGCUUAGCGCGUCUUCCCGCAUGGUCCCGCCCCCCCUCGAAGAAGACGCCGUUGAGCGAUCCCGCUCGUGUGGACGUUGUUGAUGUUUUCUCUGACAAACACUGUAAGGCAUAACUUAUUAAUUUAAACGUUUUUGGCAACAUACACAAAGAAUAAAAGUCAAUGUUUUAGUUCAA